AUGGUGAUAAACAAAACUGCAAUUCAAGCUGACAUCUAUAUCGGAAAUGACAAGAUCGAACAAGGGUCCUUCUUUAUAUACCUUGGUGCAGAACUAAAUGACACAAACAUCAUCUUCUACGAGGGCAGGAACUUCCAGGGUCGGCACUAUGAGUGCAGCUCUGACUGUGCCGACCUCUCCCCUUACUUCAGCCGCUGUAACUCCAUCCGUGUUGAGAGUGACUGGUGGGUGUUGUACGAGAGACCCAACUACAUGGGAUACCAGUAUGUCCUGAGCAGGGGAGAGUAUCCUGACUACCAGCGCUGGAUGGGGUUCAAUGACACAAUUAGGUCCUGUCGCAGUUACCCAUAUUACCGAGGUGGAAACUAUAGGAUGAGGAUUUACGAGAGGCCUGACUUUGGAGGACAGAUGAUGGAAUUCAUGGACGAUUGUCCCUCUCUCUACGAUCGUUUCCGUUACCGUGACAUCCACUCCUGUCAGGUGAUGGAUGGUUACUGGACCUUCUAUGAACAUCCCAACUACAGAGGCCGACAGUACUUCCUGAGACCCGGGGAAUACAGGAGAUACAGUGACUGGGGCGGCUACAACUCAAUGAUUGGGUCCUUCAGGAGGCUGACAAAUAUAAACUUAAUAGAAAGUUGUUCUUUGCCUCAUGUUAUUGUAUCUAUUGAGAGGCAUUAUGUUCCAUUUUUGAAUUAA